CAUGGCCGAUGCUCCAAAGGAGGGAAGAUUGAUCCGAUUUCUGGACUUCACCCAGCUGAUAGACAUGGCAUCUGAAUCUGUAGGAGGAAAAAUUUUAUUUGCAACAGAUGACUUUUUUGCUCCUGCAGAAAACCUCAUAAAGAGUGACAGCCCGUGCUAUAAAGAGCAUGAAUAUACUGAGUUUGGGAAAUGGAUGGAUGGCUGGGAGACCAGGAGGAAAAGGAUUCCAGGUCACGACUGGUGCGUCCUCAGGCUGGGGAUCCAAGGAGUCAUCCGGGGCUUCGACGUGGACGUUUCUUACUUCAUGGGAGAUUACGCUCCUCGGAUGUCAAUUCAAGCAGCAAACUUGGAAGAAGAUAAACUACCAGAAAUUCCAGAAAGAGGAAUCAGGACCGGAGCCGCGGCCACACCCGAGGAGUUUGAAGCCAUUGCUGAGCUAAAAUCUGAUGACUGGAGUUACUUGGUUCCCAUGACAGAGCUUAAGCCAGGAAACCCUGCUUCCGGCCACAACUAUUUUCUUGCCAAUUCCCAGCAGAGGUGGACUCACAUCAGACUCAACAUUUUCCCAGAUGGUGGAAUUGCACGGCUUAGAGUAUUUGGUACUGGACAAAAAGACUGGACUGCAACUGACCCCAAAGAACCUGAAGACCUAGCGGCCAUCGCUUUUGGGGGUGUCUGUGUAGGAUUUAGUAAUGCUAAUUUUGGGCACCCAAACAAUAUAAUAGGAGUUGGCAGUGCAAAGUCUAUGGUGGAUGGCUGGGAAACUGCAAGAAGGCUGGACAGGCCACCGAUAUUAGAAAAUGAUGAGAAUGGCAUUCUCUUGGUUCCGGGUUGUGAAUGGGCAGUUUUCCGAUUGGCACAUCCUGGAGUAAUAAGGCAAAUUGAAAUUGACACAAAAUAUUUUAAAGGCAAUGCUCCUGACAGCUGUAAAGUGGAUGGGUGCAUCCUGACAACUCAGGAAGAAGAAGACAUGAUCAAGCAAAAGUGGACUCUCCCGGCCCACAGGUGGAAACCGUUGCUUCCCGUGACCAAGGAUCCCGUGCAUCUGCUUGCUUUUCACCUGUCCCCCAACCAAAGUCACCUGUUCGACAGCCUGACCCUGGAGUUCCAAGAUGUCAUCACUCACGCGAGGCUCAUCAUUGUCCCUGACGGGGGAGUGAGCCGCCUUCGGCUCAGGGGCUUCCCCAGCUCCAUCUGCCUCCUGAGGCCCUGGGAGAAGCCCAUGAUGAAGUUCUCGGUGAAAGUGGGCCUCAGAGCAAACCCUUAACACACACAAAGCCCUGGUGUCGGAUAUAUGGCAGUAAUUUCCCGGUCACAGGCUUCUUUUCAAGUGUGUUCAACACCUGGUGAUUUAAUAAAGUGGUCAUCUCACAAA